ACCUUCCCAUUAUUUCACAUAUACACUAAUACGUAGCACUCCGUACUAUAUAACUCGUUUUUACGAAAUGUUUUUCUUUCUUUCUUGUUUUAGUUGUACUCGAUAUUCUCACAACCCUAAUCAUUGAAAUUGUUCAUCUUCUUCAUUCAUUGCUUCAUCGAUGUAUUAUUCAUGCUCAGCUCAUAAAUUCAAAUCAAAAAAGUUUAACGACGUAAGUAAAAUAUUGACAAGGUUACUUUUGUUUUUUGUUUUAUUCUCCAAAGCAAUGUCGUCGUCAGCAAAUUCUCCCUGCGCGGCUUGCAAGAUGCAGCGGCGGAAAUGCACGCAAGAUUGUGUUUUUGCGCCAUAUUUCCCGCCGGACCAGCCACAAAAGUUCGCCGAUAUCCACAAGGUCUUCGGUGCAAGUAACGUCUCCAAAAUUCUCAACGAACUCAACGCCGCUCAGCGCGAAGACGCCGUUAACUCGCUCGCGUACGAGGCGGAGUAUCGACUGCGAGAUCCGGUUUACGGUUGCGUCGGACUCAUCUCCGUUCUCCAGCACCGGCUCAAACAGAUCCAGCGAGAUCUGAGCAGUGCCAAGAGGGAAUUGGCAACUUACAUCGGCCCGAAUGCUCUGGCUCCGCUUUUCCCACAACCCGGGUUUGUACCGAAUAAUAACCACAACAAUAAUCAUAAUCCCUCUUCUUCUGGCGCCGGAGUGAUUUUGCCGUAUAACAUGCACCCGCAGAUGAUCAUCCAAGAUCCCCAUCCACAUCAACAGUUAAUGAUUGGGGAACCGGCCGACAUGUUCCGGGCUUACGAUCAACAACCGCAGCCGCUAGAGCUAAUGGGGCUUAAUAAUGGCGGAUUCGAAUCCGGUGGGCCGGUCACAGCCACCGGGUAUCAUCAAUCGACUGUUCCGACGGCGGCUCUGUCGCCGUCCUUGGCUUUGGGAUCAUACCUAAAUGCUUGUUAUCCGUUCCAGGAGGACCAAUCUCAUCCUCAUGACCAUACCCAGAGUGUUCAGCUUCAGCCACAACAGCUAAUACUCCAACAAGAACCUCCGCAGCUCAGUCAACCGCAGCAGAAUCCAGAGACCCAAAGCGAGGAGGAGGGUCGGAGCGUUGGUCAUCCCUCCUGCUAACUUCUUGUGUAAGCUGCCAUGCCGUCUGGGAUUCAUUCAUUCUACAGUUUCCUGCCUAGAACUUAAGGCAUGUGAUAAAUAAGCUUCAAGGAAGUUUGUGCAUUUGAAGAAAAUCAUAAAGCUUGGGGACUUGCGACAUCAAUGCUGGAGCUGCAUGGAUUAGUCUUGAAGAUAGUGAAACAUUUCUGUUUACAUUUCACAUCUAUUUAAUCCCUUUCACAUAUUCUGUUUAAAGUUUAUAUUCCCUUCUCUUCCUUUUUGUUAUUGUUACUUUUAAAUUUUAAGUGAUUAGAAUAGUUUUAAUUUGUACGACUAGUUUGAAGUAUGUGGUUUUAAGAAUGUUUUUAAUUAGACUGAAAUUUUCCGAUUUGGUAUAUUUAAG